AUAUAUAAUUUGCCAUGUCCAAAUAGGAACAAGGAUGAGGAAAUCGUUUUUAUCUUUUCAUCUCAUUUAAGAAGAACCAGAGUAGUACAUUUGUAGGCGAUACAAUAUUUUUCUACACAAGGGAUUCACAGCAGGUUAUUGACACUAACUGACUCAAGUAAUUUGCUGCCAUUGAUGGUGAUAGACUUCCAAUCAAUUUGAACUGUUCAACACUUCAAAUUGAUUGGAUGUCUGCUUGUGACAAACUGAAAUCAAUUCACUGUAGAAGGAUGAAAAGAGGCACACAAUUGGAACUAUCCUCAUCAACACCACUGAAAGAGUUAAAAACAUGAGCUGUAUGUGCAGUCAUCAGCACAAAUAAAAGCUCAGGUGCAUCAUAAUAUUGUAAAUGAAAAUACAAUGGGACUAUGAUCAAGCUUCCCAGAUAGCAGACCGACGUUGAAAAGAUGUUGGAUCAAUAUUCCGCUGUCGAUCAUAUAUCGUUUAAUCAACGUCACUUUUGCACCCUCAGUUAAUGUUGUUUCAACGUUGAAAUCUCUACAAAACCUAAACGUCAUUUCGAUUAUUAAUAAUAUUGGAAAAACGCUGAAUCAAUGUUAUCUUUUCGACCAAAACGCCCGCUCAUCCAUAAUUCAAUGACUUUUCAAUCAUAUUUCCCGGUCAAUCAUAAAUCAACUAUUUGUCAACAUUAGUUCAUCAACUAUAAAACAAUGUUAACCCAAACCAUCACCUGACAUAUCAUAGAACAACGUUGUUUCAACGUCACUUGACAUCAAAAAAUUUGAUGUCAAUCAUACUGAUGAUUUUGAUGGAAAAUCAACGUUUAUUCAAUGUCUAUCAAUGUUGGUCUGCUAUCUGGGUUGUACUGUAACUUGAUGAAACAAUAUACCAAAUAAACAAAAUGAGAUCAAAAUCCACUAACAUUUUUCAGCCUGCCAAAAAAACUCUUUUGUUACUACAGGUCAGGGGUCGGCAACCCAAAAUGUUGAAAGCGCCAUAUUGGACAAAAAAACAAAAAAAAAAAAACAAAUACCAGUAUGUCUGGAGCCGCAAAAUAUUAAAAGCCUUAUAUAAGCCUUAUAAUGAAGGCAACACAAGUGACUCACAUCAGGAAUAUGAUAGUCUCUGUGUGAGGGUCUCGACAUGACAUGACAUUUUUAUCAGCUGCUUACAAGUGAUCUCAUUUACUAUGUUUGAUGAAUUAAUGACUUAAAGUGCCUCGGUUACUGUGACUCUUUUUUUAAAUUCACUAAUCUCAUAUAACAGUGUAAGUUAGUCAAAUAUUGCUCAUAAAACAAAACGAAAUCUAGUUGUGGCACUUAAUUGACACACUGCAAGGCACUCAUAAAUCCAGGUGUCGCUAUAUUGUAGAAAAUGGCAUUUAGGUCAAUAGUUCUAAAAGUGUUCCCUUUGAAAUGGUUUUACGUUUUCAAUUUUUUUUUUCCCUUGGAUCUCGUCUUUCAUUAUACCCUGAAGAACUUGUCUGUUUGCUGAGUGGAGGGGCUUCUAAAAAGACACGAUUAGAAGAGUUAUCACUAUAUUUAUGCAUGCACUUUACGUGUUUUCUUUUUCCAAAUCAAACCUUUAAAGCCCUUUUUUCAAGGGUAGUGUAGGAUGGGUUUGAACUAAUAAUAAGCUGUUUGGGGGAAAUGGUUUCUGGUAUUCAUUUACAGUUAGUGUUAAUUAAGCACUGGCGGUUAAAUACGUUUAGAGCAGUGGUUUUUAACCUUGCUAAAGGUACCGAACCCCACAAGUUUCACAUGUGGAUUCACCGAACCCUUAGGUAUGAGAUAAUGAAGCUUUUUUUUUUUUUUCAAAUUCAAAACCGAUACAUCUAAGUUAGCAAGCCAAUAAUUUAGCAAAUUCUCAUUCAAAAUUCUUCUCAUUUUGAAAGCAUGUUUUAUUAACAGGUCAAAAUUUGAGACCACGCUGCCCAUUGGUCUGUUGUAUGCCCUUAUACCAUGUGCGGGUCAACCUUCCAAAGAGUAAACCAGUUCCUCCUGCCAUCAGAUCCAGGACUAGCAGUUAAAAGAAAUGAAUUAAGCCUGUAAAUUGGGAGCAAACCAGUCCAAAGCCUGGUCUAAUAAGCCACUUUGCCUAGAUUUAAUCAGCGUACGAAAAUAGGGCUCUGCGUUUCUUUACCUUUGCCAAGCCCCUUAGACGUACUCACCGAACCCCUGGGGUUCGAUUGAACCCAGGUUAAGAACCACUGGUUUAGAGUUCGAGGCUUCUAGUUAAUACUUUCUCAAAACUGCUGUAUUAGAAAUUCACUGCAUAGCGAGUGAAAUAUUCCAUUAUGUUUAUGUUCAUUUCUUUCAGAAAUUGAUCAUUCUUACUAAAAAAGCUAAGAAUUUCGUGACUUUCUGAAAAUAAAAACCCCAAAUUCUACAUAUCAGCAAAUUUAAAUAUUUAAUCCACUCAAAUUAUUUUUUUUAAAUAUCAAAAUUGGCAUUUUACAACAUAAUUUUCCCAUGAAUGAAUAUUUGGGUGUUACUUUACAAAAAAAAAAAAAAAAAAAAAAAAAAACCUGAAAUAAACCUUUGAUUAUAAAAAGCUAUUAAAUACUACUAAUACUGUGCAGUUGACAACGUUCUUUGUAGAAUCAAUCUUCUCCACUUGGGGUCGCCAUUUCCCCACACAUGACCAGGGUUCCUGUAAUGCAGAAACGUAAAUAAAAUCUGUGCACGUUGCGCUAAGGAGAUUAUGAAGCAGCAGCAACUAUUUAUACACUAAGGCGACAUAGUUGUUACAAUAUGAAUGAUAUAGGCUGUUUGUUCUUUCCAACAGUGGGUGGGUUUUUUUGUUCAUUCAUUCAUCUUCUGAACUGCUUAACCUCACGAGGGUCGUGGGGGUGCUGGAGCCUAUCCCAUGCAACUAACAACGGGCAGGAGGCAUGGUAAACCCUGAAUUGGUUGCCACCCAGUCGCAGGUUUUUUUUUUUUUUAAUUAAAAAAAAAAAAUUUAUGUUAACUAAAAGAUUGAUUUAGAAGCCACUCAAAGUUGGUCCAGACUCGAGGGACAUUUAUUUUUUUAUUUAUUUAUUUUUUUUAAAGAAACUGUUUUCACCCUCCAGAUGCUCGAAUUUAUAGCCUGCAUGUCAAACCCAAACUUUUUAGACAUUUACGAAAUGAUAUAGAACAAGUGGAAAUGUAGUUCUUUCUAUGGAAGAAAAUUUGGAAGUUUCUUGACAUUGGCCAAGUGGUACACCUGUAGAGAAAAGUUACAAUAACCAUUUUUCAGAAUUUAAUAUUAGAAAUGUGGUGAUUCCGCAGGAAGGUGAAUUCUACAGUCUAUAUUUUGGCAUGUAACUCUCUACAUCAAUUAUAGUGGUCCCCAAACACUGUGAUGUGCCACAUUGAAAAGAUCAUCCCUGAUCAAGAGUCUUUUCAGGGAAAUUAUCCAAUUUAACUUCAACAGCCUGAAUAUUACAAUUUAAGAUGUGUGUGUUUGUGUGUGUGUGUGUGUGUGUGCGUGUGUGUGGCUGUGAGUGUGUCUGUCUGUCUGUCUGUCGCUCUCUCUCUCUCUCUCUCUCGCUCUUCAAUUCCUACAAAUAUAUCAAAUUUCUAUUCAAUUAAAUGGUUCCACAUUCCAUGUGAGUAAGUUUCUCAAACAUUGAGAAGAGUUUAUCGUCAUUACUAUUGUAAGCCUUAUGUGACUAUUCAUUGAAAGGAACCUGUACAAUAUUCUGUACACUUUUUGUGAUGUUUUGGUUUAGUGUUGUGCUGUGAGAUUUUUUUGUCAUCUUUUUCUAUUGUAGUAUAUGUGCUUUGACUCAGUAAAGAUUGGGAAACAUUGAACCACAGAAAUCAAAUCACAAUUUAUUACAACAACUAUACAACACAAAUCCUUCAACUAAGAAAAUGUUUCCGUUCUUGUGCAAUUACAUUGUGUCCAGCUUUUUUGCAAAGCAAGUAACAGGGGAAAGAAAAGCCCUAUUUUGUGCGCUUGUGGACCAACAUCCCACAGAUGAUGGAUGGAUGACAUUUGGAGACUUCUAGACUUGACAGGCUGCCCUGGUUCAGUUAUCACAGUGCUGAUGCUGUCCCCAUCAAAGGUACAGUACUGUGAUAACUGAAGGAUGGCUGCCAACUUGACUCUUAUGCAGCAGUCUAAUCAGUUUUGCCUCUUGAUACACAAUGUGGAGAAAUGUGGGCAUGUGAACAAAAACUUUCACUCUCCCAUUUACAUGUUCAGUUAUGUCACAUGGUAAUAUCUGUUUUUUCUAUUGUUUCUAAAAUAAAUAUUUCUUUCUAUUCAAGUGUGGGUAUGGUUCUUAUAAACGCAAUAUGUUUAACUCAUUGUUUACCAUUGAUGAUGAUAUACUUGUAAUCAAUUAGAACUGGGAAAGCUGGCUUUGAAUGAUUGUGAAAAAUAAGAUAAUAUAAAACAUACAUUCUCCAAACUUUAGUAAAGGGGAUGGCUCAUUUCAUAAUUUAAUUAUUAGUAAUUGAUAAGUACUUGCUUCGGUACUAUGAAAGUAUUAUUGAAAAAGUCCUCUGCAUGAGAUAAUCGAACAGUACAUGGGAAAUACAGUGGACCUGGUUGAAGGGUCAACUCAGGGCAGGUGAGGUAGAUAUGGCGGAAAACACUCAGGUGACUUAAAGUUCUGCUCUAAGACCCCCAAUUUGGCCAGAUUUCAAAAUUGUCCUAUAUGCAUGUUGGAUACAUCAUCAGAAAAUCUCAAUUUUCUGGGGCAAGAAAAAAUUCGAACAGGACGGCAUUUAAUUUUUUUUUAAACAGCAAAACCCUAACAGUAGGUGAGAGCAUGAGAGAGCAUAAUGAAAGUCACCACGAUUUUAACGAGAUAUUAUCGCGUUCUUAACUCUUUUCGAUCCAAAAACUCCAUGUGGCAUGUAUCACUUGUUUUUUCCCCCCAUUUUUCAUUGUUGAUCAAUUAUUUAUCUUCUCAAAUAACGGGGGGAAAUGCGACAAUAACCAAAAAAAAACAACAAUUAAGCGAUAGUUAUGAGGUAGAUAUCCGUGACUUAUUAACAGACACCAUUUUUUCAUUGUGACGUAAUUUGUUUAAAAGUUUAAAAUAUGCGAGUGAAUAAUUUCUUAAAGUCUUUGAAAACAACAGAAACUAAAUAUUAGGCAUAAAUUAAUGAUUCUAAGCUAAAAAUGACAAACAUUUUGAAUGAUAUACUUACCUUCUUUUAAUGGCUGGGUUGAAACAAAAGUGGCUGUGCGGUGUCUGUAAACGGGGGUUUCCAGGGUAAAACGGAUGAAUUAAAAAUAGUUUGGGGGCUUAUUGCGCCAUGAAUCUGCUAUGGCAGUAUAUAGACAUAUUGUUCUAUCAAACACAACAAUUCUUUUGGCUUAAAAUACAGCAGUUUAUUUUAAAGAGGGGUGCAAGAGCAGAAACUGCAUUUUCAGCCCUGUCUGUGUUUUCCGCCAUAUAAACAUGCAUGCAUUUUAGAAUGUUAUUGUUGUAUAUACAAAAAAUUACAAAAGAAAUCUAUAAAUUAAGAACAAUACGAACUGAUUUCAUUCUAAAUGUACCAAAUUAAAUCAAUUUCAUUCCAAUAAUUUGAUCAUGACUCGAUCAGACCACUGCAAACUACAUUUUACAGACACCACUCAGUUUUAAUCAAAAUGUUCUAACUUUAUUGGAUCAUCUGCGCUUAUGAUGCUGUUGCUUUACAUAUGCUGUUAAUAUGCUAAAUGUCCUUCACAUUAUUCAAUAUUCAGGUUGGAUUGUGCCUAUUCGUAAUGUAAUACAUCAUUUUAGAUUUUAUUCUCAACAGGGUUUAAAUGUUCACGUCUUCAUUUUGAGUGACGGCCCGAUCAACCAAUCAGCGUUCGUACUGGCACGGCCAAUGCGUGGUUUACGGGAAAGGGGCCGCUUAUUGUCAGGAAGUCUUAGCAAGAUUCUAGUGUCUGCAUCACUUCGAAACUAAGAAAAAAUAACCAAGAGAAACCAGUUUUUUGUCAAACUACCAAGGAGAUAAUUUCUAAAAGGCUUUUAAAACCGAACUUCAACUUGGGUGGAGCGCCAAAUGGUCAAAACGAAGCGGAAGUAGCCCACCAGCUGUCUGGUUAAGAGCCUUGUGUUUGAAGGCCACUUAAUAGGAUGAUGGAGUUGGGCAGGCUACUCUGUGGGAAAAUGAAGCGAUCCAAUAGGAGAGACCCACUCAUCACUUCGCCUUCUUCCUCAUGGGGCUUGGAGAUUCACUUCUACUUACCUGAUGUGCAUCAGCUAGAGUUCUUCAAAGGCUGCUACACUGCCGAAGAGCUGUGUGUAGAGGCUGCCAAGAAAUGUUCUAUUUCGCCUAUGUGCCAUAAUCUUUUUUCCCUUUACAAUGAGGUGACAGGCAUGUGGUGCCCACCCAAUUAUGAAUUCAAAAUCACAGGUGACACCAGUAUCAAGCUACAAUAUCGAAUGAGAUUUUAUUUCAGGAAUUGGCAUGGUACUAAUGAAGGGGAGUCUCCAGUUUGGAGACACUGCAUCAGUAAACUCAAAGGAAGCCUGAAAACACCAGAAGGAGCGCCACUCCUGGACAGUCCAUCUCUUGACUACCUUUUUUACCAGGGUCAGCAUGAUUUUCACACGGGUUUCUUACCUCUUCGAACAUGCGUCUCUGAGUCAGAGCAGCACGAACUCGAAAACGAAUGUCUGGGAAUGGCUGUGCUUGCCAUUACCCACUAUGCCAAGAGCAUGGACAUCCCCCUGUCUGCUGCUUCCCAAGCAGUCAACUACAAGCGUUUCAUUCCAGAGGCAAUGAACGCAAACAUAAAGCAACGUAAUUUUUUGACCCGGAUCCGCAUCAACAAUGUCUUCAAGAAAUUCCUCAGUGAAUUCAAUUACCGAACAGUCAAGGUCAGUGACAUCCCUCUGUAUGACCUGAAGAUGAAGUAUCUGGCUACCUUGGAAGGGCUAACCAAUGGCAUGGGCAGUGAGAUAACUGAGCCUAUUUCGAUGAGUGUAACAAAAGAUGGAGACAUCGUGAAUGGGAGUAAUUAUGCAUACUACAACCAAAUUCAAGGACAGAGCCCACACCAGACAAUGGAUACUUGGCAUGAUGUACAAGUAUGUGUGUCUGGUACAACAGGCAUUUCCUGGAGGAAGAAGCCCCCCACAAAACCAGUGAGUUCUAAAGAGAAAGGCAGGUCAAAAAAAAACAAGCUGAAUGAAAAUUUGAGAGGAAAGGAAGCUGAUGAAGCCUGGGAGAGAUUCUGUGACUUCCAUGAGAUCAUGCAUGCGGCCAUUAAGGAUGCCACAGUCACGAUUCACAGGCAGGAUUACAAGAAAAUGGAAUUGCAUAUGGCAUCUUGGGCUGAGGCUGUUUCCUUUGCAUCUCUUGUGGAUGGGUACUUCAGGUUAACAGUGGAUGCCCAUCACUACUUGUGCAUUGAGGUGGCUCCCUCUUCUGUGGUGCAAAACAACAACAAUGGCUGCCAUGGCCCGAUUUGUACAGAGUAUGCCAUCCAAAAACUGCGGCAGGAGGGUAAUGAGGAUGGGAUGUACAUUCUUCGCUGGAGCGUCACCGACUACCAGUAUAUUGUCAUCACUGUGGCCUGCAAUGAGAUUGACCUCAAUGAAUCCCGCCCUGUGCGCCAGUAUAAGAACUUCCACAUUGAAGUGACUCCUGGUGAGUUCCGCCUCCAUGGGACCGAAACUGCAAGGCCCACUCUGAGAGAGCUAUUAGAACAUCUGGAGGGCCAGAGUCUUCGCUCUGACAAUCUCCAGUUUCAUCUGCUCCGCUGCUGCCCUCCUCAACCUCGGGAGAUAUCAAAUUUGCUGGUGUUCACCAACGAUAAAGCACCAGUACUUCCGACGCCCAUGCAGGAGUGCCAGGUCAUUAUCCAUCGCAUUCACAAGGAAGAAAUUGAACAGGAGGAGCAUCUUGGUCGCGGCACAAGAACGAACAUUUUCUCUGGCACACUGAGAGUAAAAAAUGAUGAUGACAUAGGUUACGGAUCCUUCCAAGAGUAUAAAGUGGUGCUCAAAGUUCUGGGUUCAGGGCACAGAGAUAUUUCCCUGGCGUUUUUUGAAACUGCAAGUAUGAUGCGGCAAGUUUCCCAUAAGCACAUUGUGCUUUUGUAUGGGGUCUGUGUCCGCCAUCUGGAGAAUAUCAUUGUGGAAGAGUUUGUGGAACUGGGACCACUGGACUUAUUCAUGAGGAGGCAACAAUGCCCACUUAGCACAUCUUGGAAGUUCCAGGUGGCCAAGCAGCUGGCCUCAGCUCUCAGCUAUUUGGAAGACAAAAAGUUGGUCCAUGGCUUUGUGUGUGCGAAGAACAUUCUGCUCGCCCGAAGUGGACUUGAAGAUGAUCAAGGAGGACCCUUUAUCAAGCUCAGUGACCCAGGAAUUCCAAUCACUGUACUCACAAGAGAGGAACGUGUGCAUCGCAUACCCUGGAUAGCACCUGAGUAUGUGAAAGGUGUGACCUCCCUGAGUAUUGCAGCUGACAAGUGGGGCUUUGGGACCACCCUGUGGGAGAUUUGUUAUGAUGGAGAGGAGCCCCUUAAAGAAAAGAAACUCACAGAGAAGGAGAGGUUUUAUGAAACAGAGUACCAGCUUGUGACCCCGGACUACAGAGAGUUGGCUGAACUAAUGAUCCGCUGCAUGAACUAUGAUCCAAAGAAGAGACCUUUCUUCAGGGCUAUUGUGAGAGAUAUUGACAAACUGGAAGAAAAAAAUCCAUCCAUCAAACCACAGCCUACAUCAGAAGUGGAUCCAACUGUGUUUGAAAAGAGAUUCCUGAAGGUUAUCAGAGAUCUGGGACAGGGCCACUUUGGUAGGGUGGAGUUGUGUCGAUAUGAUCCUCGAGGAGAUCGAACUGGCGAGUUGGUGGCGGUGAAGUCACUGAAGUCUGAGAAUGGACAAGAGAAGGGCAGCAAUCUCUUGAAUGAAAUUGAUAUCCUGAAGGCCCUCUACCAUGAAAACAUUGUCAAGUACAAGGGGAUUUGUCUGGAGGAAGGUGGUCGAGCCACCAAGCUGAUAAUGGAGUUUCUUCCUCUGGGAUGUUUGAAAGAUUACCUUACUGACAAGAAAAGCAAGAUCAGUCUCAGCACCCUGCUGAGCUACUCAACUCAAAUAUGCAGGGGUAUGGAGUAUCUGGGAUCUCAAAAUUACAUCCACCGUGACCUGGCUGCCCGAAAUGUGCUGGUGGAGAACGAGCGAACUGUGAAGAUCGGUGACUUUGGCCUGACCAAAAGCAUUAAAGACAAUGAAGUCUAUUACACGGUCAAGGAUGACAAUCCAAGUCCUAUUUACUGGUAUGCUCCUGAGUGCCUGACUCACUGCAAGUUCUACCUUGCUUCCGAUGUUUGGUCUUUUGGAGUGACCAUGUAUGAGCUUGUUACCUAUUGUGAUAAUGACAAGAACCCCAUGCAGCUCUUCUCCAAGAUGAUGCGAUCCUGCCAAGGUCAAAUGAGCAUUGUUCAUUUGGUCGCUGUGCUGGAGGAGGGCAAGAGGUUACCCCAACCGGAUGGCUGCCCUAAACCAGUGUAUGACGUGAUGCGCAAGUGCUGGGAGCACGCCCCCGAGAAGAGGAUCACCUUUAAGCAGCUCAUCGAAGAGCUGAGCAACAUGCAGGAGCAGUUUGGCUCUUCCGAAUGAAGCCCACAGCGCGCCGUUGCAGUACGGACGCAAACCCAGACUUCUUCUUACUAACCAAUAUGUAUGGCCUCGCUUCCUUCAGGACACUCUUCUCCCAUAUUUGAUAAUAUGAUGGUCAGCGGCGUCCAAAUGAUCUAAGAUCUUUAUCAGGACCUCAUCCAUAGAGCCAAUUUGCUCACAUCAGCCAUUUUGUGUGGUUGAAUCUGUUUUGAGUUUAACUCUGAGACCUCUUUGAUGGUUGUGGAAUUUCAUCAUAGAUCUGCCAACCCUCAACUGCUAAUGACAGACAAAAAGUAAAACAAAAUACUGAUUUGUCCUUUUAAGGAUUAUUUAGCUGAGCUGACGAUGUCAUCUUCACGAGCUGAUGAGUCGUACGUACUUUUAUCGCACUUCUUUUAUGUACAUUCUCCUAUGCAAGAUUGACAUUUCAUCAUUGAUUUUAGUUUUUGAAGUUAUUUUUUCAAAAAAAAAAAAAAAAACACCAAAACAAAAGACUGAUAAAUUGCACCUUACUAUUUAGUUACUUAGUUACUGUGGCAUUCUCAGUUGAAAAUCUGUAAUUGUACUUUCAUUUUAUUCUGUAUGUUGGAUGGUUUGAGUAAAUCUUGUAUCUUAUCAAUGUGACAGAUCAACAAAAAGGACACACUUGAGUCCACAUUUUAAUUAGGAAUGUAAAAGACAAUUCCUUCUGAAAACAUCAAAUGGAAGAUAAUAUGUCAACUGUCCAUAGUUAUAGAAUUGGAAAAGAAAUAAAAUCAUUGCCUUCUUAGCCUUUCAAAAGGCAAUGUUCUCAUUUCAAAGAUACACACGGGGUGUAUGUGUAGGCUAUAUGUUUUCAACUUUCCCUGAAAAUACAAAGUGAUAUCAAAUGAACUAGUAAAUUGUAAAAUAUAUCAGAUCCCAUAAAAAAAAAAAAAAAAAAUCAAUAAAAGCCUUAUGUUUACAAAGCCUGGAGCACAGACAUUCUAUUUCUGAUCUUAAAACAUACUUACUGUAAAUGCAGAACUGCAAGAAGCAAAGUUUUAUUUAUUUAUUUGUUUGUUUGUACUAUAUGAUCGGCCCCACCUUACGAAUGUAACAUCAUGGAUUUGGGGCGCUCUGUUGAUGCAAUCAAAAUGAUAUAAUCCUUGACACAAAAUCUGACACAAAAGAAACAGCAGUUUCAUGACCAUGAAGAAAAUGGAGUACGUUCAGCAUGUGCAGGUUUCUGUCUACUUUUAAAAAACUAAAGGAAUUUUAAAGUCUCCAUUACAAUUCAAUACAGCGAGACGGUUAUCUAGACCUGGGGUCCCCAACGACCGGGCCGCAGACCGGCGAAUUUGGUACCGGGCCUCGCAGAAAUAAAAAAAUAAUUUAUUAACAACUGCAUUCUGGCCGAUUGACUUUGGCCUGUGCUGCUUAACACACCAAUAUCUCUGUCUUCUCUAGAUAUACAACUACAGGAUCGGAGGUCUUCAUAGAAAUGCAUUGAUUGGACUGUUAGCAGUAUAUCUUGUUUUGUAUAUCUGUGUGCGCUUGGCCUUGAUAAUAACGUAGUUCGUCGGCCAUCACAUUUGUUCCCCAAAAAUAAUUAGCCCCCACACUAGAAUGACCGAAAAACAGACAUAUUUGGACAGCUUUUUUACAGGGAAAAGGGAACCUGACGAGCCAGAAGAUAAGCAACCUCGAAGAAAACAAAAUCAAUGCUACUUCCCAAUCACUAAAGACCCACGAACUGCGAAGGAGUGGAUUCGUGACCCAUAUGUGAAUAAACCCAGUGAUUCGAGCAUGUCUGUGCAACAGAAAAAUCAGCUUGUAGAGAUCACCAAUCAUUGCGACUAGGGUUGUUCCGAUCAUGGUUUUUUGCUCCCGAUCCGAUCCCGAUCGUUUUAGUUUGAGUAUCUGCCGAUCCCGAUUUUUCCCAAUCCGAUUGCUUUUUUUUUUUGCUCCCGAUUCAAUUCCAAUCAUUCCCGAUAAUUUUUCCCGCUCAUAUAUAUUUUGGCAAUGCAUUAAGAAAAAAAUGAAUAAAACUUGGACGAAUAUAUACAUUCAACAUACAGUACAUAAGUAUUUGUUUAUUAUGACAAUAAAUCCUCAAGAUGGCAUUUACAUUAUUAACAUUCUUUCUGUGAGAGGGAUCCAUGGAUAGAAAGACUUAUGACUUUGUAUAUUGUGACUAAAUAUUGCCAUCUAGUGUAUUUGUUGAGCUAGCAGUAAAUGAUACUGUGGCCAUGCCCAAAUGCAUGAUGGGAAGUGGAACCAUGACUGUGUGUAGUGCUACCAAUUGAUAUAUCUUCUCUGCGUUGGGAAAUAACAUAAGGUGUUAAAAGAUCAAUUGCUACCUUGCCUCCCCACAUUGCUUCCCAUGAUAUUUCUAAUCGUAGGGGGCGGGAUUGUAAGGCUUUAGCCAAUUAAAAAAAGGCUCCAAAGGCUGCCAAAAUUCACUCUACUCAUUUUACGCUGCCUUUUAUCUCUCUAUAUAGGUAAAACGGCGCCAUUACACAUUGAGCGCGACAAUGCGUGAGUGGGUCGUGCAGCGCAUGCAUUAAUUGCGUUAAAUAUUUUAACGUGAUACAUUUUUUUAAAAAAUUAAUUACCACCGUUAUUGGGAUAAAUCUGAUAACCCUACCUUAAGCCUAAACUAAAGACUCUGGAUGAGUGUAACAUAUUAUGUCUGUAACGUUAAAUACAAUUAGAAAACGCUAUAAUUAAAAAAUAUAUAUAUAUAUAUAUAUAUAUUAAAAAAAGGCAUGGCCGAUAUUUUUUGCCGAUUCCCAUACUUUGAAAAUGACAUGAUCGGACCCGACAUCUCUAAUUGUGACCUUAAAUGUACAUUUGAGAUAACAACUCUACCGAGGUUCUGGAUUAAAGUCAUUUCGGAAUAUCCUGACAUCGCUAGGAGAGCACUGAAAACUGUGCUACAAUUUCCAACAUCGUAUCUUAUUCGCCCACUCUCCCAUCUCGGGACCAUCUCGUCUCCACGAAACAAGCUCAGGCCUCCCACUGAUUCAGCGGGUGAGUUGUAUUCUCCCUGCACUUAUUAACACGACGGGGCUUAAAACAAAUUUUAUUUUAUAUUUACUGUAUUCUGCCGCACAUUGGCGGUGUUCUGACAAUUUUGCCAUGCGUGUAACGUGAAAAAUGACCGCGAAUGUAGCGAUUCCAAAGUACACACUACAAACUGUCUUUAAAGAAAGGAAUAUUAACUUAGGUUUGCCAUGUUAGCUGCACACAACAACUGCACGCAGCUCUCUCACUUAACGACUUCGCCAAGUCAUUAAGCAUUAAUUUACGCCAUUUUCGUGUUGCACAUGUACUGUAUGUUUAUGAUGUAGAUAGUUUUUUAGCACCGUUGGAUAACAUUGAGAGUCCAAUUGAAUAUAAAAGAGGGCUUUUUUCACCGCCACAAAAGCUUUGGAAGAAAAUUUUUAUAAGGGUGCAAAAUUUGACACCGGUCCGUGAAAAAAUAGGACCCAAAUCACACCGGUCCGUGGUGGAAAAAAGGCUGGGGACCCCUGAUUUAGACAAACAGUAUGUCAUAUGGCACAAUCAAUGCGCAACUUUUGUCUGUUACUGUUUCACAACUAAUCACAAGACUCAUAAUUCAACAAAUUCAAAGGUAGUGUAUUAUUUUUAAUGUUAUUUUUGCAAAGGAGGAUCUACUCAGAGAUGGGUAGUAACGCGUUACAUGUACUCCGUUACAUUUACUUGAGUAACUUUUUGAAAAAAAUAUACUAUAUAGAGUGUCUGCUAAAGACUUACAGGAAUCACUGGCACAUUCCAAUAUCUCAGUGCACGCAACCAUGUAUAUGUAAAACAAUGGCCAAGAAUGGUGUUCGUGGGGGGGACUCCACAGAAGAAGCUACUGUUGUCUAAAAAAACAUUGUUGCUCGUUUAAUGUUCGCAAAAAGGCACUUGGACACUCCACAGUAGUUUUGAUGAAACCAAUUUUGAAUUUUUUGGGAGUAACACACAACAUCAUAUGUGGAGGAAAAAUGGAACAGCUCACCAACAUCAAGACCUCAUCCCCACUGUGAAUCAUGGUGGAGGGAGCAUCAUGAUUGGGGCUGUUUUGCUGCCUCAGGGCCUGGACAACUUGGAAUCAUUAAUGGAAGAAUGAAUUCACAAGUUUAUCAGGAUGUUUUGCAGGAAAACCUGAGGCAGUCUCUCAGACAGUUGAAGCUAAAAAGAGGAUGGAUGCUGCAACAAGACAAUGAUCCCAAACACAGAAGUAAAUCAACUUCAGAAUGGUUUCAGAAGAACAAAAUACACGUUCUGGAGUGGCCAAGUCAAAGUCCAGACUUGAAGCCCAUUGAGAUGCUGUGGCAUGACCUAAAGAUAGCGAUUCAUGCCAAACAUCCCAGGAAUCUGACUGAACAUCAGCUGUUUGUAGAGAAGAAUGGGCCAAGAUUAGUCCUGAUUGACGUGCCACACUGUUCUGAAGCUACAGGAAGCGUCUGGUUGAAAUUAUUGCUGCCAAAGGGCGAGCCAUAAAAUAUUAAAUGUGAUGGUUCACUUACUUAUUUUUCCCCCUUCUGUCAUUGUUUGCAUAGUAUCCUCAUUAAAAUAUGAAAACCUAUAAAUGUUUGGGUGGUUUUAGUUAAAGCAGACACGUUUAUUUCAUAUGUGUGAUUUUAACAAAGAUCAGAUCACAUUUGAUGGUGAUUUUAUGCAGAAAUGUGAGAAAAUCCAAAAGGUUCAGAUACUUUUUCAAACCACUGUAAUUGAUAGGCAAAAUGAUCAAUGCAAAAUAAAUCAGUAUUGACUUGUACUAACUUUAAUAUGUAUUGGUUUAGCCAAUACACCGUUCGAUUUAAACUUUUGUUUUCAAAAACUACUAAAGAAACAUUUUUGAAAACCUCCUGAGUAAAUGUCUGGAUUUUAGCAGCAAUUAAAUUGCAAUAUUUGAACAUAACCUAAAUUAUGUUAACAUACACAAUAAAUACAAAAUAUUUAAUAAUCACUUGACUAUCCAGGAACACAAAAAAUUUAAGACCGCUCAACUUUGUCUAAAUCAGGGGUCCCCAAACUACGGCCCGUGGGCCGGAUACGGCCCGCCUCCACAUU